CUCGCUGCAGAUUUGUGCUCAGACGUGCUCCUGUGCAAUGCGAUCGAGAGUGCGGGCUUCACAGAGGAGGGCGAGGCUGAGGUCGAGAAGAUGAGCAGCAAGGCCGUUCCCCACGUGGAGCCCAGCCGCCCCAGGGAGAAGCCGGAAGGGUUGGCGCGGCGGCUGGAUGGAGCACGCCGGCUGUUCGCCCCCUUCGUGUUGAGCGCGACAUACCUCUACACGUUGGUCUUCAUCAGCGGCUGCGUCUCCACGCCCAAUGAUUAUCCGACGGUACAAGAGCUUGGGCACACGUCGGGCCACUUCCUUGCGAAGGGUCCCAUCCUGACCGUGGUGGCGCUUUUUGGCAAGACCAUGGAGUCUGGGGCAAAGCUGAAGGCCGCGGAGGCGCUGUUUGGCAUGUCCUCAACCCGGCCGCCCACCGCAGUCACCUGCGAGGAGAAGGGCAAUCAAACAAUCCCAUUGGGGCUCGUCGGGCUCGGAGAUGUGGCGCGGAUCUGUGCCAGCGGUUGCGUGCUGGUGGAAGGCAGCGCAUGCUCAGAUGUUGUCGGGCAUACUGGUGAGGUGACGUUGACUGUGGAACACAAGCCCGUCUCGACGACGUCAGGUUUCAAG